AUGUAUCAUACACCGAUGUCUCACGAUCACUCGACACCAACAGAUCGUGGUCGCGAUGAUCGCGAUGGUGUACACCUAGAUCUCGAUCCACAUCAUUACACUAGUGGGCGCUGGCUUCGCAAAGACGAUGAGGAGCGAGCCUCUCGCUACAUUCAAUUCGACUUUGAUGCCCUCUGUCGCAAAGUCCUUACUCUAUCGCCAGGUGCACGUAUCAUCACGAGAUGUCAAAAAUUGGAAGGUGGUUUCAACCGGGUCUUCAUUUUCGAACUGGACAACGACAAACGAGUGGUCGCAAGACUUCCGUUUUCGCUGGCUGGUCCGGCACAGCUGACUACCAGUUCUGAGAUCGCAACGAUCGAAUAUCUGCAAGGCAAUACUACCGUUCCUAUACCCAAGAUACUCGCUUGGAGCAACGAUGCCACGAGCAUCGAUAAUCCCAUUGGCAGCAAAUACAUCAUCAUGGAGCAUGCAACUGGUGUUCAAUUGCACAAGAAGUGGCAUGAAAUGGGCGAUAAAAAACGUAUCAAGUGUAUAGACGCAAUCUACCGGAAGCUUAAAGAAGUGGUUGACCUACAGUUUCCGUGCUUUGGGAGUCUGCAUUCUAUACGCAGUCCCGUAAGCCCCGACAACAGGCGUGUGCUUGACGGAGACUUCUGUAUUGGGCCACAUUGUGGAACCAGAUACUGGGACUGUGGCGUUGGAAGCAGCCAAGCUUCACAUUAUACAAAACCCAACCGGGGGCCCUGGAAUGACCUUUAUGAAUACUGCGAUGGCCUUAUUGAUGCUGGUCUAUCGAGGCUUCCGGCUGUGGAUUUCUCAGACGCGAGACCUGAUGAGAUGCAUGUCUCAGGAUCCCCGGAUAAAGGACUGUGCGACACCAGUAUUAGGAACAUAUUUGUCUCAGAGGGUGAUCCUUCUGAGCUAACGGCUAUCAUUGACUGGCAGGCCGCUAGCGUUGAGCCGGCGUUUUGGUAUGCGGAUGAGAUUCCCGACUUUGCAACGGAGAAUGAGGUCUGCACUAGAGCAUUUGAUGUCUGCACCCAAUUUCUUAUACCCACGCUCUCAAAGCCGAGAUUGAUCAACCAAAAUCUAUUCCGACCAUUUCGCUACAGCUACAGGACAUGGAAGGAUGGGGCUGCGGCACUACACCACGAUUUGAUUGACACAUCUCAAAACUGGGAACAGCUAGGUUUUGCAAGACCAUGUCCUUACGUAGUCCCUCCACCGCAUAAACUGGCAGAUCAUCAGAAGAAGUAUAGACUUUUUGAGGCAGCGCAUAAUCUGCGUUAUGACCUCGCAGGCUUGCUCAACACGGCCACUGAUGGCUGGGUGCCAACGGGUGACUGGGAGGCGGCGCAGACAGCGCAUCAUGAGAUGUUUGAUGGAAUGUUGCAGGCCGUAUUGACCAAUCCUGAAAUUGACGAUCCAGAUGAGCCUGUGAAGGACGAAGAGACACUGAGAUCCAUAUGGCCUUUUGAUAUCUGGGGUCUACCUUAG